UUUUAGAAUUUGACAAUUUCAUACAUGUAUAUAAUCUUGAGCAUAUCCUCCCCCUAUUAAUUUCUCCACCCAACGCCUCCCAACCGACACACACCUCUGUCACUUGCAUCCCACUGAGUGCCGCCUGCUGGAAUGCCGGCCGCUCUUGUCGGCAUGAUCUCAUGCAGGGACCCGUAGCGUCUGUGAACUCAUGAAUGCCACAGCCAUGUCGCAUCCAGAAGACAGCACCUCAUAGCCCCCUCUCCACCCUCCAGCGUAUUCUCUCGGCCCUCUUCCAUGUUGUUUCCCAAGCACCAGGGGAGGGUUGCUAAGAUGUCCAGUUGAGGGCUGAAUCUUCAGUCACGUCUCUGCAUUUUGACUGUUUGUCUGUCUCCGCCCCGCUGCCCACUGCAGAAAAGAUUUAUUCAGCCAAUGUGAUCUAUGAACAGAAUAUUUAAAGGUGAUUUGACAACAUAGCCAUUUAGCAAAGCAGCAGGAGCAGACUCCCCUGGGCCGUGACCUGCAGAGGCUGUAGGCCUCUGAGCAGAAGCUGCCCCUGUGUGAGCAGUUGAAUGAUCAGGGUCAGGUCUGUCUGGUGGGUGUGCUAACACUAAGCCGUGCAUUCACAAUGCCUUGAAAUCGUAGUUUAGCUACUUUGUAACGAAGGAGUUUAUAUGUGUUUGUCUUUAUGCCCAGUUUUCUAGAAUACUCACUGUGUGGUUUACUAAAAUUGUUAGAUUCUUUUAAAGAUGCCGGGUUUCCAAUAAUGUCAUUGUGUUGUCUGGGGCCAAAAACCUCGCUGGACUGGUGCCUGGCAUUGUCAGGGGACAGUCCAGAUUUUAGUCCCAGCUGAUCUCACCGUGCUAAAGUGACUGUGGUUGAAUUGCCUCUCUAAUGAGAAUCAUUCUCAAAGGUCGGCUUUUUGGUUUGUUUUUAAAAGGCAAGAGAAUACCGGUUGAAGGCAGAUCUGUGAUCUGGAAACAAAAGCUCCCAUUGGUAAAGGUUCUAAAGAACCAGGGACUAAGAAAGAGCCUGUCCUUCUGGUGACCCACUGAAUCCACCUCGUUGCUAAUGGAAGCACAGACAGGUCCAGGUCCAACCUCUUUGAAGUCGUAGCUCCCAGCAGCCCCCAGCCUAAUGUCUAAUGGUAGAUGUGGCACUUUGCCUUGCCACAGAGACAGCUAAAUCCUUGGCCCCUCACCUGCACCUUCCCCAUCCCCAAAACACUGAGAGUGACAGAUACGGAGUGGAAGCCAUCCAGGAAAGGUUCAAGGCCUGUCAAUCACAGCGCAGUAUCCCAAGUUUCCUGGAGAAUCUGAGAAAGUAACAGCGUGUAUAUAACAAACAGCAAGUUCAUGCAUUUGUGUCUCUUCUCUUCCCCCUAGCAAGGCAGAACUCCACUAGAAUGUUCUUUCUUGCUCCUUAUCCUUGCUUAUAACCUGCAGAAUGCAAUGGCCGAAAGCCCCCUCUCUGUGAAGCAGCAGACUUGCGGGGGGGGGGGGGUGAUUGAUGCAACUUAGGGGCCCAUGCCUGCAAGCAUCUACCAUCUACCUCUUCACCAGCCCCUAGAGCUCAGCCUUCUAACCAAGCAGCCUCCCAGGGGAGAUGGGAGCAGCCUUCUAACAGCUAUGGUUGGGGUGAUGGGGGGUAGCUGGGCAGGUGCUAUCUGGGGUCAGAUCUGUGCGCAGAAGUGACAGGCAGAAUGCGUCUCAGUGUCCUAUUUACCCGCUCCUUCUGGUGCUCACUCUGGGCCACUGGCUCUCCAGAGACCCUGCUCUGCUGUCUCCGGUGCCAUUGCCCUCCUGUCUGUUUGUCUGUCUGUCUGCCUGCCCGCCUUGUCCAUGGAGUUAAUAACUUUUCUAAAACUCCUUAGCUCCAGUAAUCCUUCAGUGUACUUAUGAACCACCAGACUGGUCACAGUUCAAACUCUUUAACAGUUAUGACUGGUCCCAGAAAUCUCACACAGGGACCGCCGAGCUGCGGCGGGAAACCUGUACAAAUGACUUGUGCUUAGGGAGAAGGCACCGCGAACCCGCUCGUUUGUUUGUUUGUUUCCUAACCAAUUAACAAAAAGUUUAAAUGCCGUGCUGGAGGAACGCACAGUGCUGCUGCGGAAGUCGGGAGUUCGGUUCUCGUGUAGGGCGGCUCACAACCGCUCGUCCCUCGGGUUUGCGGAGUCAUCUGCCGCCUUUGGCUUCCCGUCGCCUGCGCUCACGCGCACGAACCCACACAGACACGUCGAUAAAAGACACAGAGAGGCCAUUUACACGGAGGGCGCCUGACGUGCCGGCGGGGCCGAGCCCGGGGCCGCGGCGGCGGAAGGAAGCUCAGGCCCGGCUCGGCGGAGGGUGUGAGCCCGGGGGAGGAGCCUGCGCGGCCGGGCGGCUGGGCGCAGCGGCCCAGCCAUGUCCGCCGAGGAGAUGGUACAGAUCCGCCUGGAAGACCGUUGCUACCCGGUGAGCAAGAGCAAACUGAUCGAACAGAGCGACUACUUCCGCGCGCUCUACCGCUCCGGCAUGCGCGAGGCCGUGCGGCCCGAGGCCGGCCCCGAGGUGCAGCAGCUGCGCGGCCUGAGCGCACCGGGCCUGCGGCUGGUGCUGGACUUCAUCAACGCGGGCGGCGCGCGCGAGGGCUGGGGCCUGGCGGAGGACGAGCUGGCCGAGGCUAGCGUGCUGGCCGAGCUGGUGGAGGCCGCGUCCUUCCUGCAGGUCACGGCGCUGCUGCGCCUGUUGCUGUCGCAUGUGCGCCUGGGCAACUGCUUGGAGCUGUACCGCCUGGCUCAGGUGUACGGGCUGCCCGACCUGCAGGACGCCUGCCUGCGCUUCAUGGCUCUGCGCUUCCACCAGGUGCUGUGCCAGCCGCACUUCCCGCUGCUGCUGUCGCCGCCGCCGGGUCCCGGGGACUGCAACCUGAAGCAGAGACUGAGGGAGGACCGCAUGCGCGGGACCCCGGUCCUAGUGGCCCUGGGGGACUUCCUCGGGGGACCCUUGGCCCCGCAUCCCUAUCAGGGGGAACCCCCGUCCAUGCUUAGGUACGAGGAGAGCACGGAACGCUGGUUCCCGCUGGCCAACAAUCUGCCCCCUGACCUGGUGAACGUCAGGGGCUAUGGCUCAGCCAUCUUGGACAACUACCUCUUCAUCGUGGGCGGGUACAGGAUCACCAGCCAAGAGAUCUCGGCCGCACACUCCUACAACCCCACCACCAACGAGUGGCUGCAGGUGGCCUCCAUGAACCAGAAGCGCUCUAACUUCAAGCUUGUGGCCGUCAGUUCGAAGCUCUACGCCAUCGGCGGGCAGGCGGUGUCCAACGUGGAGUGCUACAACCCUGAACAAGAUGCGUGGAAUUUUGUGGCUCCCCUGCCAAAUCCUCUGGCGGAGUUCUCUGCCUGCGAGUGCAAGGGGAAGAUUUACGUCAUUGGCGGCUACACCACCCGAGAUCGCAACAUGAACAUCCUGCAGUACUGCCCCUCCUCUGACCUCUGGACGCUCUUUGAGACCUGUGAUGUCCACAUCCGCAAGCAGCAGAUGGUGUCCGUGGAGGAGACCAUCUACAUGGUGGGCGGGUGUCUCCACGAACUGGGGCCCAACCGCAGGAGCAGCCAGAGCGAAGACAUGCUCACCGUGCAGGCCUACAACACGGUCACCCGACAGUGGCUCUACCUGAAAGAGAACACGUCCAAGUCAGGCCUGAACUUGACCUGUGCCCUGCACAAUGACGGCAUCUACAUCAUGAGCAGGGACGUCACCCUGUCCACCAGCUUGGAGCACCGGGUGUUCCUCAAGUACAACAUCUUCGCCGACAGCUGGGAGGCCUUCCGGCGGUUCCCAGCCUUCGGGCAUAACUUGUUGAUUUCCUCUCUCUAUCUGCCCAACAAAGCAGAGACCUGAAUGAUUUAACAGUAUUAGAAGAACAAUCCAGUUCAAGAGGGGAGGAAGGCAACCCUCUGGCAUUCUGACUCCUGAAGGGCACAGUAGGUAAACAUAGGCCAUGUGUGUCGGAGGCUUGGCUGGCUGUAAAUAAGCUUACUUGAAAACUUGGGGGAAGGACACCAACAUUAUCCCUUCUAGCCUGUUUUACACAUCAUGGGAACAAAUGUCAUAAGUAUUCUUCCAAACCUAACAGUCUUGGGCCAACGACCAAAACUCAGCAUUAGAAAGUAGACAGCCAGCCAGGGUCUGCCCUGCAAGGGCCGAGGUCAGCAUCUGACACAGUGGACUAUUUGGAUGGCUUUUUUUUUUUUUCUAUGUUCUCCCUUCUGGGGGUGGAACCUAGGGCCUCAUGUUAGUCCCGUAAAGAUGACUUUUUUUUUUUUUUUUUUUAAAAGCUAUUUCUUUAGGUCACCUGAGAUGUCAGGAGUAGGGGAAUUUCCUCUUUCAUGUUCAGGGUUUUUUUUUGACAAGCGUUAGGAACCUCCUCCUCACCCCUCCUGUCUCUCUUGUCACCCAGCUUCUCUGGUCAGGCGCCUUAUUGUAUAUGUGUUUCAGGGACCCUACAGGUGUGUCCAGACUUUUGACAUUUAGGACUUGCAUUAACGUUUAUAAAGUUCGUGUACAAUUGAGUUACCUUUAAAAAAAAAACCCUAAUAUUUUAAGUAAAGUCCUGAUGUUGAGUUAUAGCUAGAGUUAUAGCUGUCCUCAGGGGCCCACAAGUUGUGACUGCCUUGCGUGCUGCAAUGGUAGAGCCAGACAGAGACUCCGCGCACGCAGCUGGUUCCUCCACACACUUGGAUGAGCACACACUAGCUACUUCUCCAGUCUAUCUGCAGUUGAGAAGGCUGCACAAGCAGGCUGCUCAGCCUCUUCGGCUAUGUGCGGCAAAUGCAGGCCUGUGUGGGCCAUGGACCCUGCGCUGUGAGGUCUCUGUUUUUAGAAGAUUGCUCUUGACAUUUUAUAAAUGGAGCCUUAAAUGAGGGAGUACCGCGUAAGGAGAACACACCUUUAUGAGUUACUUUUAUUGAAUGUAUUGACUUAGAUCUUGUUUCAAGAUCUAAAAUUAAAAACAGACAACUUUUGCACAUCUGGAUGAGGAUUCCUGUGUAGGGGCAGAUGUGCGGUCACCGUGUGCCUUUAAAGGCCAGGUGGCUGUAGCUCAUUUACGUUAGAAAGCGGGGGUGGGGGUGGUGGGGGGGUGGGAUUUCUUACAGACACUAACGGCCUCUGCUGGCAUGUCUGAAGUGAGGUGCUGGCUCUUGGCUCUCAGUCAGACAGCAGUGAGCAACAGCUCUAGAGAUUUCACCGAGGCGGUUCACGAUGAAUAAAGGGAUCUGCCAAUCAUGGGCCCGUGUUUCUUAAAAAGACUUAAGAGCCCACUUAGCAUGCACGAGAGGCCCUGGGUUUAAUCUCCAGCACUUACAGCAACAAGGCCCUCACCUACAGGAAUUUCGAUUGAAGAGCUUUUGCUAUGACCAGCCGCUCUCUUGUAGUAGAGCUAACCAAGCCAGCAGUGCCCGGUCAGUGACAGCCGCCUUACACAGUUAAGAAAGCUCCCUAGAAAAGCCAAAACUACAGGCAGAUCCAUUCCUCUCGGCUGUUCUCCCAGGGGCAGGUCACGCCGAGGGGGAUGACAACCCCCACCCCAAGUAUCUUCAGGGUUUCUUUACAGCCAUGCCUCUAAUAUACCCAGAGAGCCUAUUUAUAAAACUUCUGUUUGCACAGCUAUUUAAAAAUUCUGUGUUCGAGGCCAGCCUGAGCUACAGAAUUCUAGGAUAGCCAAGACUACACAAAGAGACCCCAUCUCGAAAAACAAAACAAAAAAAUUCUGUUUAUUUGGGACUUAGUGACAGAUCUCAGGGUCUUGUCACCAAAUCUGCCAGUAGCUGUCCAGUCUACAACCUGCUUAUAAUGCUGUUGGAAGCUUGCAAGCCAUUGCCUUAGAGCCCAGGAUAACCCCAAAGUCAGGAUUCUCGGCCUGGCCUCCCCACUGCUGGGACUGUAGGCUUCGAGCAACCCUGCCUUUCUUUCUUUUUCCAUUAUUUUUUAAAAUUGUUUAUGCUGGGUUCUUUAAAAAAAAAAAAAAAACUCUGAACUGAAAUCGUCACCAAAAAGCGGUACUUAUAAAUAGAUUUAAUUUAUAUUUCGCUGUAGAACUGAGUUUUGGGGAGUCUACGAUUUCACUACUGCACCUUAGAAUCUAAUUUAUGUUCCCCACUGUGACUCUCCACGCCUUCACUGUAUGCAGCCCAGCCCCAUAUUCGGAGAUGAUGGGAGUUGAGUUAGUGUUGGGCAGAGAUGGGUGGUUAAAGGCACAUCAUUGUGCCUGCCAGUCAACCACUUCUCUUCCCAAGCACCGUCUUUUGGGCGUAUUUUCUAAUGCCAGCAACUUGGACCAAAUGGAGGUGUGCCACUGUCGUCUGCCAAGCUCGUAGGAACCUGGCUUGGUAGGUCGCCCUUGUACUGUUGAUGGGUAUGAGGAUCCAGAUGCACAGACUCCCAACAGAAUUUUGUUAUUCUUGCUGCCAGCAGUGCUUAGGGAAGGACUGGGUGGCUGUUACGGUAUCCAUCUGCCUGCGCCUUCACCCGUGUGGGCGUUUUGAUAGCUAGAGCUUCCUUCCGCUAGUACCAGUUGGAGGCUUCAGCCAAUGGCGGUGUCUUUGAAACCCUUCCCGCCUCCAGACGGCUCCUUAGAUGAUACGGUCUUUUUAUUUCCUUCCCGUUCCCUGUUGCCUUACCCACCCCCAGAUGUUUCUGAGGGGUUCUGAUCCCACUGUGUGGCAGAAAGUGUCUGGGAGGAUGCCCAGUGGGAGCUGCCUGCCAGAAGAGUCUGGUGCGUGGGUUGGUGGAGGAGCCCUGACGUCAGUGCUCCGACUCAGUACCCUGAAAAGGUUCUGAGAUGAUGGUGUGAGAACCCAUAGCUUCUUCGGUCUCCUCUAAAAUGGAGCAUCAGAGAAUCUGGAAGGCUGGGCCUGCCGGCCAGAAACAAAAGGCUUAAGAUGAAGCAUGAAACCAAAGAAGACUUUGACCAUGGUGUUUUCUGUUUUGUUUUGUUUCUAAAACCAAGAACCCGAGACAUUCCAAAGGCCUUAGGUUUUCAUUCAAGCUGAAGGAGGGAGCGCGUACUGCAGACAGGUAAAUGUGAACUUGUGCUAAAGUUGUUUAGGGGUGCAAAUUCCUGGGUAACAUUCAAGCCUGUUUGGCCAAAGAGGUAAACGGAGGCAGAGCUCUGAUGUCUUUGUCAACCGGUGUUUAGUGAGUAUGGCUUAGUGCUGCUGACCCAAGGGUCUGCUAAGGGCUGGUUCUAGACCAGGAGUGGGGAGUAUGAGGUGUGUGCCCCUUGCUCUCUGCCAGUGUUUGCUCUCAGAAGACCUGAUAGUCAGCGCCACCAGACAUCCCUGCCAGCCCGCCAGAGUGGAGUGAGUACCAUUUCCCACCCCUGCAUCAGAGACAGUGGCUGGGCAUGAAGGGAGCCAUGAUUUCAGGAAGCAGUGAGCUGUGUCAACUCCAUUCCCUGGUGACCAGAAACACUUGAAUGUCAGUGCAAGACAGUGCUGAGCCCGGGACACCAAGCGAGCCGUCAUCACUCUCAUUUCAACUAGGGUGUCAUCAAAGAUGCCUGCUUUAGUCGGGCACACUGGGCCCUGUCUGGCGGCCUCCCACAUCUUGGCCCAAUCUUCCCACUGCCUCGUGAUUUAGUAGUAAUCCCGGGAGCUGGUUUGUCCAUAAAUCUGAACACGUCCCAUGUUUCGGUUUUUUACUAUAUGCUUUUUAAAAAAAGUUAACUACUUUUUAUAAUCCUUGCACUCCACAGUUUGCGAAAACACAAGAGUGACAUAAAACCUGUUUAGAGUUCACUCCGCACUGUAGCCCCGCAGAUGGUUCUGAUGAAGGGGAAGGGAGGCCAUUGGGUAAGGGUUUGGUGUGAGCAAGCUCAGCGCUGGCACCUUUGGGCCCGUGCCUUUAAAACGUUUCCUUGGAAGGGUGGAAGGCCUCAGUGACACCCCCUCAGACACGCUGUGCGCUGAUUGGUUGAGUUUGCCUCUCUGUGAUCGCCCAGUGCCCUCCCACCCAAUCUCAUUGUGCGUGUUUGCUCUUCACUUUCUUCUGUUAGUUUGGAACACAACAGGAAAUCCAUAGCCACGCUGCCAGUUUGACACAGCCAUGUUCACCCAUUCCUACAGGAAGCCCGUGAAACGUCCAAGAGGAUCCAUUCCAAAGAGCCCGGGGUGCUUUAGUGUUUCCGUAGGGCUGGUUGGUGCUUUAAGUAGUUUGUCACUGGCAAAGCAAAGGAAAAUGUGACUUGAGUUCUGUGUCACUUUACGGUGGGCGUUUCCCUGCCCCCCCUCCAGUGUUUCUUCCCUAGGUGUUGUUUCUUACGGAAAAGGAUAAUCUUCAAGUUAUGUUCUGUUAUGACCGACACUUUCUUUGUUUGAAAGGUUAUAGUUUGGAGUGUGGAAUAAACACACACGUCGACAUUGUCACAAAACCACAAUGAUUGUGUGUCUCACACCUGUGAACUACAGCGCUGCAUUCAUUCUGUUUCUUUGGACUAUGGAAGGAAAUGCCUUAGAAUAAAAUGGUUCUCCAUCA